UGGCCGAUAAAGCGCAGAUACAAGAAGCCAUUAAAGCUCAAGGAGAGGUUGUCAGGAGACUUAAAGCCGAAAAGGCCAGCAAAGACCAGUGAUAACGUCGCUGACCACUUUUCUCCUGUUCUUCCUGCUUGUUGCCACGGAUACCUUUCACGAUGCCUAUCCUCCUCAUCUGCUGACUACUUGACACUUUGAACUCUUGGAAUACUGCCUCACACUCCGUGGAACGGAAUCGGACCUCUCCUGAAUGUGCUGACUUUGGUGGGCUGCCCUGAUCUGUGUGUGUGUGUGGGCCUGCAUCAAAAUGGCCCCUGUGGCGAUGGCCUAUGGGCGUGUCUGUGUGGGACUGCUGCUUGGACGUGCUGCCCCUUGUCUCCGCGCUCUGCGUGUCCUCUCUGGAAUGACUGUGUCUCAGAUUGAUGAGGAAGUGGCCAAACUGUUACAGCUGAAGGCUCAGCUCGGAGGGGAGGACGGCAAGCAUGUGUUUGUUCUCAAAACAGCCAAGGGGACCAGAGACUACAACCCCAAACAAAUGGCCAUCAGAGAAAAGGUCUUCAACACCAUCAUCGGCUGUUUUAAACGCCACGGUGCUGAAACCAUCGACACUCCAGUCUUUGAGCUGAAGGAAACUCUGACAGGGAAGUAUGGCGAAGAUUCCAAACUCAUCUACGACCUGAAGGACCAGGGAGGAGAGCUACUCUCUUUGAGAUAUGACCUCACAGUUCCCUUUGCUCGCUAUUUAGCCAUGAACAAAAUUACCAACAUCAAACGCUACCACAUUGCCAAAGUGUACCGCAGAGACAACCCCGCCAUGACCCGGGGUCGCUACCGGGAGUUCUACCAAUGUGAUUUUGACAUUGCAGGUCAGUACGACCCAAUGAUCCCAGACGCUGAGUGUUUGAAGAUCGUCUAUGAGAUCCUGAGCGAACUGGACCUUGGUGACUUUCGCAUUAAGGUGAACGACAGACGUAUCCUGGAUGGAAUGUUUGCGAUGUGCGGCGUUCCGGAUGAGAAGUUUCGUACCAUCUGCUCGACCGUAGACAAACUGGACAAGGCGUCCUGGGAAGAUGUCAAGAAUGAGAUGGUAAAGGAGAAGGGCUUGUCCGAGGGCGUGGCUGAUCAGAUCGGCGAGUACGUUAGCAUGCAGGGUGGGAUGGACCUGGCGGAGAGGCUGUUACAGGACCCUAAACUUUCCCAAAGCAAGCAGGCCUGUGCCGGCCUCGCCGACAUGAAACAGCUUUUCAGCUACCUGCAGCUCUUCCAGGUCACAGACAAGGUGUUGUUUGACCUAAGUCUGGCACGGGGUUUGGAUUACUACACGGGUGUGAUCUACGAGGCCGUUCUCUCUCAGAUGAUUCAGGCGCCUGUGGUUGCCGAGCAGAAUGGGGCCUUGCCUGGCGAUGAGGCGAGUGUGAGCGUGGGCAGUGUAGCAGGAGGCGGGCGCUACGACGGCCUGGUGGGCAUGUUUGACCCCAAGGGCAAGAAGGUGCCCUGCGUGGGCGUCAGUAUCGGCAUCGAAAGGAUCUUCUCCAUAAUGGAACAGAAAGCAGAGUUGUUGGCAGAGAAAGUGCGCACGACAGAAACACAAGUUCUGGUAGCCUCAGCACAGAAGAACCUGUUGGAAGAGAGACUCAAACUAACUACUGAGUUGUGGAAUGCUGGAAUUAAGGCUGAGGUGUUGUAUAAGAAGAACCCUAAGCUUCUGACACAGCUGCAGCACUGUGAGGAGACUGGCAUCCCCCUGGUGGCCAUUCUGGGGGAGCAGGAGCUCAAAGACGGAGUUGUCAAACUGCGCAAAGUGGCCAGCAGAGAAGAGGUCGACGUACCCAGGGAAGAACUAGUUGAAGAGCUCAAGAGAAGGACCUCUAAGUUGCCAUAGAUCUGUUUAUCCCUCUUUACUAAAUAUUGUCAGCACACCUGACACUCAGACGUUCUCAUCACCAUAUGUAAGGAGUUAUAGCAAUUGUUCUGCUCUCAGUAUACUGCUUGCCUGUAUGAAAAUAAACUGGAGUAAGCGUGAAA